AUGAGUCAGUUACUGUUGAAACAGGAGGAUGUGUACUGGAAACAAAGGGCCAAACAACAUUGGUUGAGGGAGGGGGACAUGAAUACCAGGUUUUUCCACCUUUCUGCAUCUAAUAGAAAGAGGAAAAAUCAAUUGCUGAAACUCAGGAAUGGUGAGGGUAGCUGGGUGGAGGGUCAGGGGCUAGAAUCCUUGGUGGUGAGUUAUUAUGAGGGGAUUUUCACAUCUGGGGGUUGCCGGGGUGCCAAUUUUUUUGAGAGCCUGCAGCCAUGUGUGACAGGGGACAUGAAUGAGGAACUAGUACGACCUUUUAAUGCGGAGGAGGUGCGCGAGGCGGUUUUUGCUAUGUCCCCAGAUAAGGCUCUUGGGCCGGACAGUAUGAACCCGGGAUUCUUUCAGAAUUUUUGGGAGGUGGUUGGAAGGGACGUAAUAACCAAGAUGUUGGCUAACCGGAUGAAGCGUUUACUCAAGGACAUUGUCUCGGAGUCCCAGAGUGCGUUCUUACCGGGGAGGUUGAUAAUUGACAAUAUCUUAGUGGCGGCGGAGAUAAGCCACUAUUUACGCAGGAAAACGACAGGAAAAGUUGGUUGGGCUGCGUUGAAGUUUCACAUGGCCAAGGCAUACGACAGAAUGGAGUGGGAGUUUCUUAGACGUAUGCUGUUGGGUUUGGGGGGGAGAGGUGGGUGA